AUGGGGCGAGGUCGCGCGGCGCGAGAAGGCGGCGGCGCCGGGGCCCCAGGGCCCCCCGCUGCAGCGGGGCGGUCCCAGAGGAGACCCUGGGGGCCGCAGUGCAGCGCCCGGCGCGCCCCCGCUGCUGGGGGCCCCGGGCGUGGCGUGAUGGCGUCGGCUACACGUAUAAGACGACGCGAAGAUCGGGACACAAUCGGAAGCAACGCCCAGGGGCCCGUGGAUGCCGCCGCGGGCGCUCGCCCUCCUGCCGCUGCGCCCCGAGCUCGGCCCGGGUCUGCCGCCGCCGGCUCUCCAGGGUCGCCCCAGGAGGAGGACGGCCUUGACACCGUGGACGCCAACCUGGUGCUCGGCCUGUCGGCGGAGAGCAUGGACUACUACAGGUGA